UGAAGGAAGUGCUGGGAUGCUGACCAGGCUCACGGCGUGUUGGGAGUUGAUACCGAUACCCGUGCGUUCAUUCUUCAUAAUACUGCGCGCGUUUGCAUUGAUUUCUCCUGGUCGUUUGUUCGCCUUUUUUUCUGCCUGCUGAUCCAACUGCCCUAAGUGAACCUACCCAUAUUCCAUACUUGAGCGACAGAUUCCCUUGUCCACUUCUCGUCACCACCAGUUCCCCCCUAUCCAGACACACACCAAGACAGAAACAAUGGUCCCCGAGUCCGUGAUCAUCAUCGGCGGCUCCGUCGCAGGCCUGCUGCAAGGCCUCCAACUCAAACGGCAAGGCAGCAACGUAAUCGUGCUGGAACAAGACCCGUCCAAGGACCGACACAGCCACGAGUCCGGCGUGUCGAUUGGCCCCAGCGUCGUCGCGCUGCUGGACAAGUACGACGCGACGGGGCGGCCGGCGGCCAUCCCGACGGAGUACCUGAGCGCGGCGUGGCGCCGCAAGCACCUGCGCGUCGCCAACACGCGCUGGCACCACCACAUGAGCAACUGGGGCUGUCUGUACCUGAUCCUGCGGGCCAACUUCGACGGGCUGGCGUCCGCCGCCGUGCCGCACCCGCCGGGGCCCAAGCCCGGCGACGGGACCGUGGACUACCGGCCGGGCAAGCAGGUGACGGGCGUCCGGUACGAUCGGGCCGCCGACGGGGGCAAAGGGCUGGUGGAGGUGGAGUACGUGGACGUCACGACAGGGGCGACGGAGACGGCGCGCGCGGGGAUGGUGCUCGCGGCGGACGGGGUGCAUUCGACGGUGCGCCGGCUGCUGCAGGUGCCCACGCGCAAGGAGUACGCCGGCUACAUCGGGUGGCGCGGCACGGUGCCGGAGAAGUUGCUGUCGGCCGGCACGGUGGAGUACUUUGAGAAUCGCCUGAAUUUUACGCUGUUGCGCGGGACGUAUUUCAUUAGCUACUUCAUCCCCACCGAACAGGGCCACGUCGAACCCGGCAAACGCCUCCUCAACUGGGUCUGGUACUACUUCCUACCGGAAGGGUCCCCCGAGAUGGCCAAGAUCUUCACCGACAUCCACGGCAAGGUCCACCCCAACACCGUGCCGCAGGGGCUGGUCGACCCGGAGGUCUGGCGCGCGCAGCUGGCCGCCCACCUGCCCAAGAUGACCGCCCCGCUCGCCGAGGUGGUCUCGCUCACUCCCCGCGUGUUCGUGACCAAGGUCGGCGAGGCCCAGUGCUCCACGGCCAGCUUCUUCGACGACCGGCUCGUGCUCGUGGGCGAUGCCUUCACGGGUUUCCGCUCCCAUCUUGGCAAGGCCUCGGAGCAGGCCGCCCAGCAUGCCCUGCAGAUGGACCGCGUGUGGCGCGGGGAGAUCUCCCAGCGCGAGCGGGACCGCGAGGCCCGGUUCUAUGCCGAGCGGUUGAUUCUGCUGAAUCGGUUGAUUGGGUUCAUGGGGCUGGGGCUGUGGUGGACGGUGCUCAAGACCGGGGUCGCAUACUUGUGGGUGGUUCUGGGGUAUAAGCUGGGUUUUGCUUGAUAUUUCGGGUUAGGGAUGGGGUUACUGAGAUAUAGGUUGAGUGAAGUAUGAUGUUUGCAAUUUCAGUUCUGCUUUGUGGUUGAAUUUCUGCAUGUGUAGGGGUUGAGCUGGUAGCCCUUCCCUGUGGAAUAAAUCUCUAUGGUAACGAAACGAUAUGACUCCCA